UUCAAUUCCAAACUAACAUGAGCAGCAUAUCUAAAAUCGGUGUAAAGAACUGAUCCAGGGGAACACGUUCCUGAAAUGUUUUCUUGCGGUCCUUCAGAAUGACAAUUUGACAAACAUCUAACUACCUACUAUGUCCUACGGAUUUCGCCUACUUUACCCUGAUAGGAUGUAAGCUGGCUAACGAAACUAGAUCUGGAACCUACUCAGUAUUCCUAAAUACCACGCCUGCUCCGUAGGCAUCUGAAGUAAUAGCCAUGAGCGUGGAGUCAUAUGGAAGAUUUGGGGCUGAUGAUGACGAUGAUGAUGAGCAUGAUGGUCCAGGGCGCCACAUAUCCCCUCCAGAAGACCACUGGAAUCUCAUUUAUAUGGCACUGGUGCUGGCUGGGAUUGGCUUUCUUCUUCCUUACAACAGGUUAUGUGGUGUCUCUUCUGAUGUUAAUCUUUGUAAGCUUCUUUGAAAUAUGGUGGCCCAAUAUAUUUAGAGCUGAAAUAUCAUAUAAGAUAAUUCUGAUCUCCGUCUCAGUUGUUGCUUUUGGAUGUACAGUCCAGCAGUCAAGCUUUUAUGGUUACACCAGCAUGUUGCCAAAACGUUAUACUCAGGCAGUCAUGACAGGAGAGAGCACUGCCGGCUUAAUCAUCUCCGGGAAUCGCAUUGUGACAAAGCUGUUGUUGGACGACCAACGAACCAACACCAUGAUCUUCUUCGUAAUCUCCAUAGUAUUUGUAUUCAUCUGCCUCAUCACGCAUGUUGCUGUACAGAAGACUACAUUUAUACAGUUUUAUCUCAACUUGUGUCGAACCAGUGAAGACACUGAUGACCUCAAAAGAAUUACAUUAGAACCAUCAGAAGAUAAUAUACUGGUUGAUGUGGCAGGUGGUGUAAGUGGUGAGGGAAGUGCUGAAAGUUCUUAUGGUGGAACAGUGACACCAUCUGAUUCUGUUGCCACUUUCCACUCGGCUGCAACUCUCCCAGUGUCUGCAUCCAUAGAUCCAAUUUCAUCUUCAUCACCCAACUACAGGGUUGAACAUGUGAUCGUGGGAAGAGUGAGAGGAGGUUAUUCAUCCACUUACACAAGAUCUAUUAGGAUGUGGUCAGCUAUUAAGAGGGGAGUCAUAGCACGCUGGCAUGUUAGUCGUAAUGUAUGGCAAUACAUGCUUUCAAUAGCUUUGGCUUACUUUGUGACGUUGUGCUUAUACCCUGGCAUUGAAACUGAAAUUGUGUCAUGCCGACUGAAAUCGUGGAUGCCCGUCAUAAUAAUGGCUAUUUUUAACCUCUUUGAUUUUUUUGGCAAGAUUUUGGCCUCACUUCCAUAUGACUGGACACGUCGCCAACUUGUUGGGGGAUCUGUGGCACGCAUACUUCUAGUCCCAAUAAUGAUGAUGUGUGCGGCUCCUCGUUCCAAGCCAAAGAUUUCUGGUGAAGUAGUUCCACUUCUUAUAUCAGCAAUGCUAGGGCUAUCCAAUGGUGUCUUGGGAUCUGUCCCCAUGAUACUUGCUCCAACAAAAGUGGAAGAUGAACAUCGGGAGCUUACUGGAAACAUCAUGACUUUCUCUUAUUAUGUAGGACUUACCCUUGGAGCGUCUGUUGCAUAUGGGUUACAUUAUGGCAUCUUAGGUCCUUCCAUUUCCAACCAGUGUAAAGUUAAAGUAGCCAUAAUACCUGCACUGCCAACUUCUUCCUCAGAUGUUACAACUCCUCACUUUAUUCUUCAGUCAGUGCAGAAUAUUUCUAGAGGAAUCUAAUUGCUUAAAUUCUCUGCAUAUCAGUGUUAAUCCUAAAUGUGUUGUAAAAAAUACUCAUACAUAUAUAUACAUAUAUAUAAAUAGUAUAUAUAUUUAAUAAUUUACACUACAUAUGUUUGCUCCACCACAAACCCAUUACUUUUGGUAUUGCUCAAUUCGUCACACACUAUCUCAGAUAUACAAGUCUUUAAUGAGAGAAAAUCAGCAACUGCCAGUAAUUCAGUACAUCCACAUAAGGAUCCCCACGUCCCUAGUAACAAAUCAAUUAGCCUGAUCUGUUUGCCAGUACUUACUGGUUUUGUACCCAUUUGAAUAUUAGUAGUUAACGCUACUGGAUGGUUCCAGAAUUGCCAAAAAUGGUGUGGGCUUUAGAUCUGCUUAUGGGUCUUCAUCUGUUGUUUUCAGACUCUCAUUUGCUCUCAGUUCUCAGGUUGACAACAUGGCUAUUAUGAAGGAAGUACCUUCCUUGGACAUUGCUGCCCUGACAAUGCUCCUGGUGUUCAUUCUGUAUAGUGCUCCAGUCUUAUCCCAAGCAUGUUUGAUUUCAACUUAAGUGAUAGAGGUCACCUGCUCGGAAAAUAAGUAUAGUGACCAGCUAAGGAUUAUUUUUUCUUCAAACUCCUGGGGCAGAUAAAGGGUAUCCUGCGUUGUUUUAUAAUUUUCAUUUCAUUUAUGCCCUCCCUGGUCUGGAGAGGAGGAUUUACCUGUGGCUUCACAGCACUGACAUAUGCCAUUUGCUGUAAGACCAACCUCAUUGAUGACGGCUGAGGUUCUUGGCUGUGCUCACCUGAGUUUUCCUCAGUAUGUGAACAAACAUUGGACUUCCAGAUUUCAGAUGGAGACUUACUGGAGAACUAAGAGAGCUCUUGCCAUCAGUUAGCAAAGCUGUUGUUAUCCAAGAUAGAAAGCCAUAGAAAUAGAAGAGAUCUCUAUGAUAGAGUCCUUAGAUAGUGAGAACUCUAAUGCACACUGAUGAUUGUUUGUUCAGUGAGACCUUGGAGGAUAGAGAGACUUCUGGUUGAUGGCUAGUUGACAGGAGUGGAUCCCAAGAUCAAUUAGCACCAUACUGUUCUGUGGGGGUAAAGAUAGAGGACUUUUUGAAGACCAAGUGUUUUGUGGUACUGUUUGACCAGACUUUAGUUCUCUCAUUGAGAUGAGAUGGUCUUGUAUCUAUUAUCCAACAAAGUGAUAAAAAAACAUGGAGAAUACAACUUGAAAAUGGGUUUUAGACUUUGUUUAUAUAUAUAUAUAUCUAUGUUGGACUUCAAAGAUCUCGGUUUGGGCAAAGUUACGGACUUUUACCUGUUUCCAGCAGUGAAUAAGCAGAGAAGCGCGCGCGCACACACUUUUUCUCUCUGAUUGAUAUACUUGUGAUUUGUGUGUUUUAGUUUUUUAAAGUUAUCUUUUGGUUCAGAUAGAUUGAAAAGUCUUCAAGAAACCAAUAUCCAUAAAACUCUCUGAAGUUUUUGUUGCUUAAGUGUGAUUUUAACCAAGUCAUAAUUCUGAUGCAAAUUUGUGAUUAUACAACUGCUUAUCAUAAGUAAGGUGUUAAUAGUAACGCCCCUAAUCAUAAUGGUUUUAUGUUCUGAGAUGAAGUCUGCUCACUGCUAAUUCAGAUUUUCUGUUUUGGAACUUGGACUUUUAAAAAAAUAUUUCUCAGGGACUUUUCAAAAAUAUUUCUCAAGAUAAUGUUUUCUCCAAAAAUAUUUCUCAAAUGUACAUUUUCUCAAAUAUAUGGAAGUUGAGGGCUAGCUGCACUUCUAAUUAAGUUCCCUCCUCCCCCUAACCCCUCAGAUUUUUUCGUAGCUGGAUCAGAUACCACAAAAAAAUAGUUUUACUACUUUUGGCCUAGGGGAUUCUUAAGUGUAUGUAAUGUGUUUGGCUACCAGAUGCUACUGAUUUGUUUAUUAUGCAGAAGAUUGAUGUGUCUGGUAUGUUGUGUGACACACAAAAUUGGCUUUAUUCUAAGUAAUGGCUUGUAUGAAAAGAAAUUUUUAAAAAUGUACAUGGUUAUAUUUCAGAUGGCUUUCUUUUGGGAAUUUUAUUUUUUUUAUAAGUUAUUUUAGAUUUUUAUUUUUUUAUUGCUUUUCUCCAUAUUUUUAAUGCAUAUAUUUGUUGACAUAUACGGUACUGAAAAGCUAAUUGUAGGGACAUUUUAUGGUAUUGUCACCAUUUGAACUGGGCAGCUGCAUGUAAAAGGAAUAGCUAUUGCAUGGAAUAUGAUGUAAAUUAUCAUAUUUUGUUCAUUGAACAUAUAGUACAUGAACUAUGAGAUUUUUGGCACAAGCUCUUUUUUAUUGCAGUUUCAGCCUGGGUACGAACUGUUGGCAUUGUAGGAGUUGAAGUUUUGCUGAUUUUUUUUGUAUUUCACAAGUUCAUACAGUUGUGAUUGGUUGAAAUUCAGUACAGAAUGUAGCUGUUUCUAAAUGUUCAAAGAAGUGUUGCCAAACAAUAAUGAAUAGCCAAAAAUGAAUGCUUUACUUAGGCUUAAGCUCUGUCUCAGGUGAUAUCCCCUCCCAAAGAGUAGUUACUGGAGCAGUAAUGGUGCAUAGUUUGUAUUAGUAAUUUGGUUUUGUUGAAGUCUCUUGUGAUAACAGAACUACUUAAACAAAUUUUGACAGAUUUCAAUGUAUGACUCUAUUUUGUUGUAUUCCUUGAAUUUUGUAUGAGUUUUGCAAAUUUCCUAUAGAUGAGAUUUUUGCAUAUUAUUUUUUUCAGAAAAUAAGAGAUGAAAGUCUCAAAUUUUUAGGAUAUGAUCAAACAUUUAUUACUAGUUUUUUCCAUGAUCUGCAGAGAAAUCAGAAGUGACCGAGAAAAACAGUGUAUAGUGGUGGUCCAAGAAUUUUUAUUUUAAAAUAGUUUAACCAGACAUUGGAAUUACUGUACAUUUCUAAAUUCGUAGAGUUGGCCCAAUGGAUUUGUUGAUAUUACACGGUGAAAAAAAAUCAGUGCAGAGUUAAAUUAAACUAGUUGGAUAGCUGGGAGGGGAGAGGCAAAAGGAAAAAUGAACAGUAGAUGACAGGGAUUCGUGCAGUUGAGGCCUAAAGGGACAUUGUAGGUGAUUUGCUCGUGUGGAAGAUAGUGGCUUCUUGAAUGAAGAUAUACUUUAUCUUAUACAGUUACCGCUCCAGUUUUUUUCAUGAACUGUCGUGUUUGUGGCUUUUUGGCAGAAAUUACGAAAAUUUAACUACCUUAAGAAAUUCUUUUUAAAAAAAUUACCAUAUCUGUUAAAUAUGUGCAAGUGAUUGUUUGAGAUAACAAAAUGCCUUUAGCUAUAAAUGAACCUAUCAUGAUAUACAGUAUACUAUAUUUACUGACAAAGGAAAAUAAAUUAAAUAAAAAAUUUUAAAUGUAUACAGUAAGAGCUACUUUUAUGACUGAAUGCUUAGUCAGUAGUUUUUUGAGCACAGGAACCUAGAAUAUAGCAUUAGAAGUUAUUGUUUUGAAAAUAAUAAAAUAUAUUUAAAUAUGCUUUAAAAACCACACAGUCAGUCUCAUACCAUAUUAGUAAAGAAAGACCAUCAAUUUUGAAAAGUAAUUUAACAGCAAUUGUCAGUAUUCUAUCAUAAAAUGUGUGCCAUAAAAUUAGAAAAAUAUCGAUAUAAAAUACAAAUGUUUUCAUGGGAAUUUUUUAGCGUAAAAGUACAGUGAAAAUACUGCAUAUUUUCAUGUAUAAGAUGACUUUUAGAUAAGACAAGUUAAAAAAAAUUUUUAAAUUUUCAUGAAUUUUUCUCAUAUCUGUAGUAUAAGAUGACUUCUAAAUUACAAAACCAAAAUGUUUUUUGGAGAAAAGUGAUUAUUUGCAAAAAUUAAACAGUACAACUAUAUUUGUAAUAAUGAUGACUAAAUUACAGGUGGUUUUGCAUGUUGUAUCCAAAUACAGUAGUAUUACUAUUAUCAUAUUGUUACUGUAUUACACAAUAUAAACAUUGUCAUGUACACCAUUUGCAUUUCAUAUUGUUUAUAUUCCCAAAAUCUCGGCUGAUUGCGUAUUAUUGACAUCUUCAUUGCCAUUACUAGUUGUUAGAAGAGAUAUACAGUAAUUCAGAGAUACCUUUUCUCGUAAAUUAAUGAAGUAGUAUGGUUGAAAAUGUGCACACACUACUAAGUUGUUUAAGCAUUAGGUGCGAUUUCUCCAGUUCUGAACAUCAUUUUGCCUGGCCGUUAUUAGUUUUAUUCAGCCUCGGCUAUAACCUACAGCUUUAAUUUACUAGUACGUAUAUUCUUUGUUGAGAUCUCCGUUGCAUGAGGGAUGAACAAAAAUUUAUUUUAUUUUCACUUAUGGAAGCCACCAUUGAAAAUCAGCAAGGUUUAACAACUUAAGAAUUUUAAUGGCUCUCUUAAUAAAUGCCAAUAGUCAUGGUAUAUGACGUCAGCAAUCGGCUGUUUCUCAAUUCGGUUGUUUAUGUCAAUACAGGUUUACAAUUGCUUCAUCUAUAAUUCUAAAAACCAGAAUUUUUUAAAUGAGGAUGGAGUAUCAAGAGACUAUUGCCUCCUCCAUUAACUUCUUACACUGAUAGAUAUCCACUUGCAAAAGUUGAAUAAUAGUUGUCCUAAGAAUAAUGAUAAUUUUAAUAAAACAUGUUUUAUUGUAUCUAAUAAUAUUGCAUGUAUUGUAUACGUAGUACAAUUUGUGAACACAGUGAUGAUGCGCCAUUUGCAUUCUGGUUUUGUUUACAGUCUUAAAAUGGUAAUCAGGCAAUCACGUUUUACCGAUAUCAUCACUGUUUUUAGUUGCUGAAUGGAACUUAAUUCAGAGAUACAUUUCUUUUGUAAAUUAUCGAAUCUGGGUUUAACAAAGCAGGUUCCAUAUGUAUUAUGUUUUUCAUGCAUACGUCGCCUAAAAGAGAAACCAUUUUUGUUUACGUUUCACGCCAUUCUCAAACAACCACUAAUAACAAUACAAUAAUGAAUGAUAAUUAUCGUACACAAUUAUCUUUCACUUGACUGAAUUGUACUAAACAGUUACAAACAGCUUUGAUUGCUGCCUCACUUAAUGUUUGCUGCGAUUUUAUUAUAAAAGCAUGGGGGAACGUGAAAAUAGAAAGUUAAAAGAUCAUUUUAAAAAAUGCCAUGGAUGGUACCGAAAAUGAAUUGUAUGAUAUUGAUGACAAAGCCAAAGCCGACUCACCAGAACCAGACUGGAAACCCUAUGAUGGUGGCAUAUGUGAUCAGUCUUGUGAUAUAUAUGAGAAACUUCUAAUGAAAAAUGAAUAUUAUGUUAUCUUAAAUGUUAUUUCUUCUGUAAUUAAACUAUCAUUGAAAUUUCUUAAAGGUUACCGAAAGAUAAAGGUUACUGUGAGAGCAACCGUAACUCGAUAUUUACAUGUUCUCAUAUGGGAUCACAUAUAAAAGUUGGUUUCAUUGCUAUAGAAUUACUACUCAAAUAGGCAGUUUGUUAUGAAGAUAUGCCAAAAAUGUAUAAGUUAUCAGCUUAUAUCAUAAUGUGAAUCUUCAUGUAUGUUAGUGGUUAUCGCACCGAGGCCGAGACUAGCCUACUGAUACACAUCUUAGAAUUUAACAUUUGAUUUUUAUAAUUGUAGUAUAAGACAAUCCCCAAAUUUUUAGGGGUGAAUUUUCAGAUUUAAAGGUCAUCUUGUAUGCGUAAAUAAACGGUAAACAUUAAAAUCAGCUUUGUCUAAAAAAAAAAAUUGAAACAAAUAUAAAUUAAAGUAGACCAGUAAAUGCUUUUAAUAAAUAUGGAAAAAUCAUUAUUCAAGCAAAUAUGUACGUACAGUGUUCCCCUAUAUUCGCAUGGGAUACGUGCCAGACCCCCUUUCCCAUGAAUAGCUAGAAUCUGCAAAUAGUUGAAACCCCUAUAAUAAAAACGCUUAAAAUUGCCUAUGUAUUUUGUUAGUUCAAACUCGACCCACAAAAAAAUUUUUAUACCUGAUUUUUUAAAUUGUUUUAUCACAAAAGUGAUGAAUUUAAAAAAAAAAAAAAAAAGGAUUUUGUGGAUAUUUCUCAUAGAAAAAUACUGAGAAUAAUAGGUAGAUAUGGCCCAUAGAGAAAUCUGCGAAUAUGUGAUUCCACGAAUGCCGAGAACGCGAAUAUGGGGGUCCACUUUACAUGCAAUAAUAAUUCAUUGCUAAUUGAUGAUAUUUUGCUAGGAAGACUCGGAUUCCUCUGUAUUCUGAUUGGCAUGUCAUGUAAACAGAAUUCAGUACUAAUAUGCCAUAGAACUAAAAAUAUGUGAUCAGAAUUGUUAUACAGUAAUUGAAAUAGCAACUUUACAAGCAUACUGAAAAAUAUUUGAUAUUAAUGCAUUGUGUUGUUAAUAUCUUGUUAUACAUUUCUGUAAUAAUGAAACAUUGUUAUAGAUUACUGUGAUAAUGAAACCAGUCAUGUUGCUUGGCUUCAUUAGGCUGACACACACACACACAGAAACUGUUCUUAAAAAAGAUGUGAAAAUUGGAGGAAGUUGGAGGAGUUGCAUAGCCAUGUAGUAGGAGAUGAGAAUAGACAGAAUGCUAAAGGCCAAAAGCAGUGCAGCUGGGGUAUCUACAGUAUGCCACAAAAGGUAUACUUUAAGUAAUAACCCUGUACAUGUUAUUGACAAUACAUACCUUCAGAAUGUAGUAGAAAAGUCUGUGCAAGUAGAGAGAAGGGGGUGGGCCUAAAUCUCCUUUGGUUCCUGCUUCUCGGUUUCUCUCUCUACUGGAGAGUAACUGCAAAUUUAUUUAUCCAGUGUUAUAGGUAAAUAACACAGUAUAAAAGAUUAUCACUGUACACACAUGGUAGACAAGAGUUUUUGUUACUGGUAUGUAAUGUUGACAGGUAAUUUUGCAAAAUUCUGCAAAAUAAAAUUUGGAAAUAUCUUUUAGAUAUUUUCACAGCAUCAAACACUUUGCUAUGUACGUAUUUAUGGACUCACCGUUCACACAGACUAGACUUACACCAUAGGUUAUGCGAGGUUCUAAAAGUUCAUGGUAGGUUAGGUUCAUUGCAGUAUGCAUUCCAAAACAUUCUGUUUUGCAAGAGGCCUGAGAACCAGCUGGCCAACUGUACUUUCUAUGCAUAAUGUAGUACCCUUAUUUUUUCUUUAACUGGUAUUCCAAGUAUGAUAUUUUAGCUGCAGCCAUACUGUUCCAUUAUGCAUUAAUUCAAGAAGUUUUUAUAACAAUACUUUUUAGAGAAAACUGGCAAAUUGAAACUUUAAUUGUAUUGAGGGGUUCAUUUUCAAAAAUAGGCAAAAAUAUUGUAGUCCAUUUUAAAAAAAUAGCUACCAAAGAAAGAACAAAGGUGCUGAAAGGAGAGGCUACUAGUUAUAUGUAUGAUGAACACUGGUUUGAAGUUACUCAAGUGUGUAACUAUUUCACCCAGGCCAGGUGGAAAGAAAAAGUAAGGGGAACAAAGAAGGUUCCUAAAGCUUGGCAGCAUUGGAAAAGAAAUAGUCACUGAAUGUACUACUUAACCAUGGGUGACUUGGAGACAGCUGAAAUACCAGUUAACUUCAUUUUUGCACUUUAGGUGAAUCUUUACUAUCUGAUAGUUUAUCCUCUUACCCAGUAAAAUUAACCAAAAAAAAAAUGAGCACUGGACGUUAAAUAUACAGUAAAUAAUCCCUUGGAUUAUUUACAGUAAAGACUUGAAAAUGAAGUAAUGUGGUUAAAAUCUAAUGGAAUGAAGUUUUUUAAUGUUUGAGAAUGGAAAAUGUGUUAAUUUUACCACAACUGGCCUUUUUAAUAAAGUCAUAGGAUUAUCCUGGCAGACAAGCAAUUUUAGUCACAGGAAAAGGCAAAGGAUGCAGGUGAAUUGUAAUUGGUGAAAAAAAUAAGUUUGAUGUUAAUGGGGCAUUUCAAAAUCCUUAAGUACUUCUUACAGUGUGCUAUUCAAGUCACACUCUUGGCAGAAUGUUUGGGAACCUAUUAGUAAUAUCAUUCAAGUCACUUGAGGCAGAACCUGUAUGAACCUGUUCUCAUUACCCACUACUUUCGUACAGCGCUCAUGACUUGAGAGAAAUCAAUGUGGAUGUUAAAUUUGGCUGACAUAUAAGGGGAAGAAAGUACAGUAAACUUCCCUUUUCCCAAAGAGAUUGCUGUUGGAAGAUUCUUUGAUAUUAACAAAGACAACAUGCCUUAAGUAAGUGCCUCUGAUAUUGAGAUCUGGGAGAGGGUGAAACUUCAGAUAUCUGAAGCAACAUUCCUGCAGCCCUAGAGAUGAUGCACUGACAAGUGAGAGUUGAUGUUAGUGGCUUCCUACUGAAUGACAGUGCAAAAAUUCCAUUCACAUUCAUAGUUCGAUUUUCUGCGCCACAUCAGUGAAGCAAAUUGAAGGAACAAUGAUGGCAUCAGUAACCCUUCUCUCCCUGUCUCUGCCAAAUUAACCCUCCUUGUUCGUUCACAGCUGGUCCAGUAUACAGGCUGAAGGAUACUUUAUUUAUGAAAGGCAUAGUGUUUAUGUCCCUUUAGGAACAAUUCCAUUUACAUCUAAAAUUACAUCUUCUGUCACCCUAUUAAUGACAUGGUCAACUGUCAAGAAGUAGCCAAAGGAGAUUAGGAAUGUACAAGAGCGUAUAAAAGAAAGUUGAAAAAUGCAAAGAAUGGGGUCACAUACAGGAAUUUAAUAACUUUUAUUGUGAUGAUUUUUUAAAAAGUUUACUAUCAAUAUAUCACUUGUAAUUAAAAUGAUGGAAGUGAUUUCAGGGUAAAGACUUAAGGAUUAAAAUUAAGAAAGUAAGAGUAGAUGACAAUAAUAGUACAUAAAUUUUUCAGAGGUCUGAAUAGAGGGGGUUGAUCAUAGCAUUGAUGUCCUUGCCUUGUUAAAAGAAGCAAAAUGUAUGUAUUAACUGUUCAACAAAUAUGAGUGGUCUAGUAAAAUAGGUUACAUUAAGUCCUGAAAACCAGUGAAGUAAAUACUAUACAUGUAUAUGCAAAGACUGAAGAAAAUUCUGCAAUUUAUUAAUAUACUGCUUGGGCACAGUGAGUAAAUAUUUAUCAUAUGAUUUCAAAGCUUUAUUAAUUUCUAAAUAGCAGUGGCUUAAAACCACAGAAACACUGAAGGAAACACAACUGCAUAUCAAAGAAACACUAAAAUAGAUAGCUGUAGAUGGCACAAGGCAGGAGUUAUAACAGAAUAUGUAAUCAGUAUGGUACACAAGCUUGAUCAAGAAUACUAACUACUGUCUUCAGUCUUCAGAAUCCUUUAUUGCCAAAAUAUGUUAUGGGAGUUAUUCUUUGAUUUCAACAAAUGGGUUUUAUACCAUAGAAAUUAGCUUUGUAGUAUAGUAGAUUUAUACUCUUACCUGAAUUAACAGAAUGAUGGACUAAUGCUAUACACUGUCAAGGUAUAUCUUCAUAGUGGAUUAUAUGGGAAAAGCCAUCAUACCUAAUAUACAUAUACACUGACACAUGAAAACAAUGAUCUCAUACGUUUUUAAUACAUUGCUGAAAAAUUCAUGUUUAGCCUCAAGUUUCACAUUUUUAAAUAUUUAAAUUUGGAACAAAGGGUCAUACAUUUGGAUUUUUUGUCAUUUGUUGCAGUUGCUAGCAGAGAGUUUACAUUAUUACUGUUUCUGUAACACUCACUCAAACUCUAGUCUGUUAUUCUAGUCAUGAAACUGGAGUAUGUGUGAAAACUCUAGUUAACAAAUUUCAUAUGACCAAAGUGAUGGAGCUUUUCAGAAGGUAAGCCAAAGCUAUGUAUUGCCAUAUUGUAAUUUAUUUCAUCUCUGUUGUGGCAGGUACGUACUUGAAUUACAUUGUCAUUUCGUUUUGUGGUUUUGUGUUAUAAUUUUUGUCAUAAACUCAUAUCAUAGGUUAUAAAAUUUAAGGUCACCUUUACAAAUUGCCUUUAGAAUGUGUGAUACCAUUGUAAUAUUUUUUCAUUUAAGUACUCAUAGAAUAGAGGUUUUGUAUGCUAUUUACUGUAUUAUACACUGACAAUUAAGCAACCAGUUGUAGAAAUAUUAUUUAUGUAAAUUCAUUGACCUCAUUUAAAUACUCACUGAGUUUUUUAAAUGCUGAUUCCAAGAAAAGUAUGCAAGAAUGCAUCCGUGAAAUUACAUUAAAGGAUAAAUUACUACAUGCAGUCAAAUACUUUCUUUUUUCAUUUUUUCCAUUUAAUUUUCUGAGUCAUUACUUUUUUACAUUCAAAUAUGUGGCUUUCAAAUCAUUUGGAAUUGCUGUGGAAGCUAUGAAUUCAAGAGUGGGUAGUAUGAAAAACUUGAGUAUCUUUUGGCUGUUUGUCCUGGAACUGAAAUGAUCAGAUAAGGCUUAAAUUUUUCACAAGCCCACUUUUAGAAAAUAUAAUAGUAAGAAAACAAAAUAAGGUGAAGCUAACAGAAGUGUUGGGGUGUAAACCAGAAAUUGUAGUGGUUUCAUACAGUCAUUACUUAUAGGACUGGAUUUUAAUCUGAAGUAGAUUUAAGAUGUGAUGCAAAAUUAAAUGACACUUGCCAAAACAAUAAUAACUGUAAGUCAGUCCAGUGUAAUCAUUGAUUCCAGAAGAAUAUUCCAUUUGAAAUCAUCACCAGAGAAAUCUUCAGUGGCCAUGCAUUAUGGAAACAAGUAAAUGUACUUGUGUUAAUUAUUCAUUUUAAAAUUUAAGGACAACUAUUUAGCAAAGAUGUACGUACUGUUAAAUGUUGGGUUUUAUGUUAAGACCCUGCAAUUUUCCCUAUAAAUGAAACUGCAGGUUAUGGUUGUUUUCUCGGAAGCAUUAAAAGACUGUCAACACAUUCAGUUAAUUGAUUUUCCAUCCUGUUCCAGGCCUUCUUUGAAAAUCGUUGCAUGCUGGAAAAUUGUCGAAAAUCGUCAAAAUACUUACUUUGAAUGCUUGGGUGUAUAUUGAAAACUAUGUAAACAUUUUUAUUGUGCUUUUCCUAAAAAACCGUCAGAUAUUGUUUACUGUAUGUACUCUGGUAAAGUUUGAUAUUUAAAGACCAAUUUUAUGGUCUAAUAUUUUGGGAUUGAACAUUACACGUGGUAUAGGCUAGUUUCAGAAAAGUGCAAGAGGUUUGGCACUAGACCAAGCCUAGGCUUUGGAUUUCCCGACAACAGAAUAAAUACAAAUGUUGUUUUACCUAUUUGAGAAUCUUUUAUUAUUGUUAUGUUGUUUCUAUAUUGGAAAAGUGCAAACUUAAAGGAAUAGGCUAAGCCUACCAUACUCUUUGGAUUUCCUGACAACGAAGUCGACAAAGUAGUAUUUUUUCCACAGAAGUCGCCAAACUUUUAUUUUUGUGUACUGAUAACGACAAUAAAUAUAAAAGUUAUUUUACUUAUCUGAGAAUCUUUUAUUAUUGUUAUGUUGUUUCUAUAUUUAUGGCUGUUCUAGGCUAUAAUAAGAGCAAAUUACAUUUCCCAAACGUAAACAAAGUACUAGUCGCCAUUUGUAUUUCGUCAGCUGAUAACUCUUCAUUUACGAUUCACAAAGAACUUUGUAUUUUUUUAUUCUUUUGGUAAAAUGAUGCUGUGAAGUUAAAAACUUAGUCAUGGAAUACAUUUAAUGAAAAAAAAUUGUGAAUUAAAUAUAAAAUGGAAAAUUAUUUUAAUGACAUCAAAGACUGCUCUCAUCGAAGCUAGCAAAUAUUUUCUAGAAUUUUUCCUCUGUUAUAAUGUCAUUAUAUCUUUCAUUAUAGCUCUCGGUAUCUCCAUUAGGUAAAGAUAGAUAAAGAAUAGAAAUGAAAGGUCAUUAUGUAUACUGUUCAGAAGUUUCAGUGGUUGAAGAGAGAUAAUAAAAAUGGCAGAAGUAGGUUCUGCACAGAUUACCACUGUGUGAACAAAGUUACUAAGUUGAAUGCCUUCCUUCUGCACCGAAUAAACAACUGCGUCGAUAACAUGGGAAGCACACAGUUUAUUAAAAAGUGACUUGUUGAAAGUAUACUGGUGCAUCCCACUAUGGACCAGGCUCAAAGUCUCAGCUUUCAUGGGGUGUUCAAAUAUAAUGCAAUGCUCCACAGCAUAAAGAACACCCCUGCUACAUUCUAGUGUGUGAUCAGUAGUCUGAGGAGGACUGGAUGGGAUUGUUGCCUAUUUAGAUGACAUAAUCAUCUAUAGUGACUCCUGGGAGAAGCGCUGUAUGCCCUGCUUAAGAUAUUAGUGAGGGCCAUACAACAUUUUGUUGACUGAAUAAAGUCGCACUACAGUUGUAUACUUCGUAGGCCACGAUUCUUUCCUGUCCAUCCAGGCAAAGAUAAAGAUGUACUUUGUAAUACCCUGCUCCCUUAUUCUACACAUUGCACUGCUUUUUUGAGUAUCAUACUACCAGGAAUUCUGUCUGAACUAUGCAACACUUAUAGCACUUCUAAGUGAUUUCCUACUGAAAAAUGGGAAGUAUCUGAGCACGGUGCCAAGAAGCAUUUUACUUACUGAAAAUGUUACAAAUGCAUAAUGUGUGCUUCAAGGACUGAAUUUCAAAAAAAUAUUAGAAAUUGCAGGAUGCUAGCAAUCUGGGAGCUAGCAUGUAUCAACUCAAAAAACCCUACGACCUGUAAAAACACAUCAGUAACUCAGAAAGAAACACCACACCAACUAUCACCUUUGCAUGAUCGUAGAUACACCAUUAAUCCCAACCCCAUACUAUUGCUCUCUUGAUUCCUUCAACCUCAUCCUUUCCAAAAUCCUCAAAACCUUCAAAGUUGCCAGCGAGACCAGCAUAAAUGUUGUAUAACCAGGAUCAAAUUAAACUACUGUAACUACUUUUGGUAUUUUUAGAACUCAUCUGGAAAGGAAACAACAGUAUUAGUUUUAGCUCGAGUAAAGCAAAAGAUUUUAAUAAUUUCGCUGUCACCAAUGGACCCUUCCUAAUUGCCUAAAAACCAUUUGACACUUCAUUAUUGAUGACUCCCUUGGUGUGAACUCCACUUAAGCAGCCAUUAUUCUGCAAGGAUGACAGUUGCUCAUUUUCUCUAAUAUUUUUCUUUUUCAUGUUUGGCUGCUAACUAGCUAAUGACCAAAUCUUUUAAGCAACAAUCUUUCCACCACUUCUGAAAGUUAAAUCACUUAAGCUUAAUUAUUGCACAAGCAGAACACAAUUACAUACUCACUCUACUGUCCUUAUUUGUUGGGCACACACACAUCAAGAGCCAACAGCUUCCAUCUCUCCUUGAGGGACGUACAUAUCCUCCCACCAGCACAGGUGACAGCUUCACUUUCUUGAAUUUCAAAUUUUUCCUUUCCUCCUCAAGUUUUCCAGCACAUGAAGAUCAGUUCUUUUAACAACUGCUAAAAUUAAAUGUCUAUUAGUAAAUUAAAUGUGGUGUGUUAACCCCUUGGACUUCAUAGGAUUUUUCAACUUAAUGGUCAAAUUUCCAUUUUCCUCACAGACUUUCUGACUUUCCUGGACUCAAUACUUUCUGCAUUUUCUCUCUUACUAAUUGGCACCUCAAGGUUUAUUCUUUACAAUAGGCUGAUCUUGAAGCAAAAUCCCAUGCUGCCAUAAGACCAGCUUAAUCUUUAGUGUUAUAGGUUGGAACAGCUUGAAAAUGGAAACUGUGCCUUGGGAAAAAUAAUGGAACUACAACUAAAGGUGAAUACCUGAUGAAGAACUUAAAGAUGAAUGGGCACUCUUCAACCAAAGACUUGGCAACUCCACAUCAAGUCCAACCCCUCUAUCAAUUGAAACUCCAUCACCAGCACAGUAACUGGUUCUAAACUUUACAACACCAGUAAUGACUCAGACAACAGUGGCUGGACAUCACUUAUACUGUACUUGAAAGUUGAAAUGAGGAAUUAGUAUACCCUGAGAAAACAGGCAUUCACACAAUGACUCACUGAGAAGUACCUCCAGAAAUGGCUUCAUACUUUCACAAAAAAAAUAGUCCUGAAAAUUUCCGAUUUAACACAAACCCUUCACGGUACUGAAGCCCACACUAAAUAUGGAAAGCAUAAGAACUUUGUCAUCAAUCAUCAGCACAGAACUUUAAGGAACUUGGAAAUACAAGAAUAUCACUAAGAGGAGAGUCAACAAGACAGCAAAUUCCCUUGGCUCUCUUCAAAACUAAUGAGCACUAUAAUGAGUUCAGUGAAAUACUCAAAGAUGAGAUGAAGUUCAAAAGACUGAAGAACCCAACUGACACAAGAGAAAGGCUAUGCACAUCAUCAAGACUGGUAGUGUAACCGUGGGUGCCAUACACCUACCGACCAUCCCGGGUGACUAUGAAUUGGGUUACAUUUAUGGGAAUGUCAAGAGCCAUAGAUCAGUCAAACCCCAUCUCCAAAGUAUCUUAUCUGCAAAAGAUUUAAUACAAUCUUAGCAUCAUGUUCCUGACUGCUGGUCUCCAAUCUACUGCUGAAAUCCUAGAGCCAAUUAAGAACCUCCGACAUGACAUUAUUGCUUCCCCCGGAUGUUGAAUCGUACUUGUGUCCCUGUCAAUUAAACCAUCAAGUGGAAGCACCUCUGUAGAGGUACUUCCACUCCACAGAUGGAUAUCCUUAAACUCCCUUCAUACCCAACUGGAAAUAUGCACUGAGAGGGGGGGCCCCCUUCUCCACCCAAAGAGAACACAUGCUCGUACAGAAGGACGGCAUCACUAUGGGCUCCCUGUUGCUUUGCAAAUUUCUACAUGGGGUCAGAGAAAAGUGUUGUGGCAGGAUCACAAGCGAAGCAAGAAAGCAAGCAAAGCUCCCCACAGUUAUAUUAAUCGUACAGACUCUCAAAAAGACCCUCGGCCACACUUUCCCCUCUACGUUACUUUAUUCAACAGGAUAAUUGGCUCACCGAUAGAUAUAUACAGAAAUUUCACACUCUUGUACUUACCAUCAAUGACUGACUUCAGGGCUAGACACUGUGCCGCCCACUGGAUAAGGUCAUCGAGACACAACAACCACUGAAUUUCACUACCCAAGACAGACAAGCACCAAAACCAUACAACUCAAAAAAAAAAAAAAAAAAAAACAA